AUGUCCAUAAAUUGUUGGGUAACUAAACCGACGGAUUCUAAGCCGAGUCAGUGGGGCAGUUAUCCAGCUGAUCCGAUUGAAGCCGAUCCAGCCGAUCCAGCCGAUCCGAUUGAAGCCGAUCCAGCCGAUCCAGCCGAUCCAGCCGAUCCAGCCGAUCCAGCCGAUCCAGCCGAUCCAGCCGAUCCAGCCGAUCCAGCCGAUCCAGCCGAUCCGAUUAAAGCCGAUUCAGCCGAUCCGAUUGAAGUUAUUGGA